GUUCCAGAAUCAAGUGAAGAGAGCCUUGCUGCUGUUGCGGGGAUGUUUAACAGUAAAGCUAAAGGAGUUGAAUGGAGCAUGGACAAUGAUUCAUCUAAUGCUGCUGUUGUGGUUGCAAGUGAAGCCCAUGCUAUUACUUUAGCUGUUGAAGGACUUUUAGGCGUUGUAUUUGCAGUUGCUACUUUGACAGAUGAAGCUGUUGAUGUUGGUGAGCUUGAAUCACCCAAAAACGAUAGAGACACGCCUUCAAAGUGCACUGGUGAAACAUCUGUUCUAUGCAUAUCCUUGGUUAAUUCAACAUGGUUGACCAUUCUCGAUGCCUUAUCUCUGAUAUUAACAAGGUCACAAGGAGAAGCCGUUAUUAUAGAAAUACUGAAAGGUUAUCAAGCAUUCACUCAGGCAUGUGGAGUCCUACAUGUAAUCAAACCACUGAACUCUUUUCUAGCCUCCUUAUGUAAAUUUACUAUAAAUAUUCCAACAGACGGGGAGAAGAGGAGCAGCGUGUUACUAUCUCCUGGAUCAAAGAAGUCAGAAACUUCAGCUGAUCAGCGAGAUAAUGUUGUCCUAACGCCAAAGAAUGUGCAGGCAUUAAGAACUCUUUUCAAUGUUGCACAUCGCUUGCACAAUGUGCUGGGAGCAUCCUGGGUUUUGGUUUUAGAGACACUGGCUGCUCUUGAUCGGGCCAUCCACUCCCCACAUGCUUCUACACAGGAAGUUUCAGCUUCUGUUUCAAGGUUGACGAGAGAAACAUCUGGGCAGUAUAGUGACUUCAACAUACUAUCUUCUUUGAAUUCUCAGUUGUUUGAAAGUUCAGCACUGAUGCAUGUCUCGGCAGUGAAGUCACUUUUAUCUGCCCUACGUCAAUUGUCAAGUCAGUGCAUUUCUGGAUAUCCAAGUGGUAUGGGGCAAACUGUAAACCAGCAAAUUGGAAGUGUCGCAUUUUGUGUGGAGAGUAUUACAUCAGUUCUAUUAAAUAAUCUUCAUAGGGUUCAUCAUAUAUGGGAUGAUGCUGUUGGCCAUCUGCUAGAGCUUUCUGAAAAUUCCAACCAACAACUGAGAAACUUGGCCCUUGAUGCAUUAGAUCAGUCCAUUUGUGCAGUCAUAGGUUGUGAUCAGUUUCAAAGUACUAAGCCCUCUGAACUUUUGUUAUCUUCUACAGAAGUAAGUAACCUUUUUUUUUGCCACGUUAACCAUCAAUUUUUAGACCAAAUAACAGGCUUAAUCUCUUUACAGGUGUGUAACAGUGAUGUUACUGACAGACCAUUUGAGUGUGCGGCAUUGUCUCCCUUGAUAAUUCUUUAUACAUCUAGUCAAAGCCUUGAUGUCCGUGCAGGUGCACUGAAAAUUUUGCUUCAUGCCUUGGAGAGACAUGCAGACAAACUACAAUUUUGCUGGUCUGAUAUACUUGAUAUAUUAAGGUCUGUUGCUGAUGAAUCAGAAAGAGAUCUUAUCCCGCUAGGAUUUCAGAACAUACGGGUUAUUAUGAAUGAUGCAUUGUCGACCAUACCAGUUCAGUGUAUUGAUGUAUGUAUAGAAGUCACUGGGGCAUACGGUGCUCAGAAAACAGAUUUAAAUAUAAGUUUGACGGCUAUUGGACUUCUCUGGACUGCAACUGAUUUUAUUGCAAAAGGUUUAUUUCGGAGGAAUUAUGAAGAAACAACUAAUAAAAAUGAAAAUGAUGCUACAUCUGAAGUUGAUAAAAUUUCAAGGCAUACAGAUGGAUUUGGUGCUUCAGAAAAUGAACAGAUUGUCAGUUUCAAUAACAGUUUUCAUGACUCAAUGCACUCCUCAAAAGGGCUUGACCGAAACAAAUUGCUAUUUUCAGUUUUCUCUAUACUUCUAAAACUAGGAUCAGAUGAGAGGCCUGAGGUAAGGAAUUCGGCAAUCAGGACUCUUUUUCAAACUCUUGGGAGUCAUGGGCAGAAGAUCUCCGAAAGCACGUGGGAAUACUGCCUUUGGACAUACGUAUUCCCUCUCUUAGAAUGUGUUUCACACUUGGCAGCAACUUCAUCAAGUGAUGAAUGGCAAGGGAAAGAGUUAGGAGUUAGAAGAGGAAAAACGGUACAUAUGCUCAUCCACCAUAGUCGCAAUACAGCACAGAAGCAAUGGGAUGAGACACUUGUUUUGGUACUAGGUGGAAUAACUAGAUUGCUGCGCUCUUUUUUUCCUUUCCUUCAGAGUUUGAACAAUUUUUCUGCAGGAUGGGAGAUUUUGCUACGCUUUAAUGAAGAUAGCAUUCUGAAUGGUAGCAAGGAAGUUGCUGUUGCUGCAAUAAGCUGUUUACAAACGGUUGUCAGUUCUCAUUGUUCAAAGGGAAAUCUGGCACUGCCAUAUAUAAAAUCUAUACUUGAUGUAUAUGAGCUUGUACUUGAAAGGUCACCAGACUGUAGUACUAACUCAGCUGUCAAGGUGAAGCAAGAAAUUUUGCAUGGCCUUGGAGAUUUGUAUGUUCAAGCUCGGAGUUUGUUCAAUACUGACAUGUACUUAAAGCUAUUAUUUACCGUACAUUUAGCAGUUAAAAGCUCUAUGAUCCACAAUGAUGCGGACAGUGAAAUUGGAAUUCUACCUCCAUUUCAGCGUACUAUUUUAGAGAUUCUACCCCUCCUACGUCCUUCUGACCAUCUUUCUGCAGUAUGGUCUGCACUUCUCCAGGAGCUUCUCUGCUGUCUUCUGGGUUCCGAAGUUUCCAUUCAGCAAAAGAAAGAUGAGGAAUCAGCUACAGGCCUAAACUCCGGAAGGGCUGGUGCAAGCAUUGGCAAUGCUGAAAUUACCAAAGAAAAUUGGAAUAAAACAAGCAUUGAUGUUCCCGAAGGUUCUGCUUCUACGGCUAUGUUGGUUGUAGAAACUCUUGGUCUUUCUUCUAGUGAAGCCAACCCUUACGAGACUACAAUAUGUAGCUCGAAUCAUUUGUUUAUGGAGAAGCUGAUACCUGUUAUAAUAGAACUCUUUCUGGAGGCUCCAUCGACAGAAAAGUGCAGCAUUUUUCCUGAGAUUAUCAAAGGCCUUGGAAGGUGCAUGAAUACAAGAAGAGACAGUCCAAAAGGCUCACUCUGGAGAUUGGCUGUUGAGGGCUUCAAUCGAAUUCUUACCGUUGAGUUAAUGGAAGCUGAUAAUAACACCAAAUUGGAUCCUCACAUUUACAGGCAUGCCAGAGCUCGUCUAUGGAAAGAAGUCGCUGAUGUAUAUGACAUAUUUCUUGUUGGUUCCUGUGGCCGUGCUCUUUCUUCUGAUGGAAAUGCAGAAUCACUCAAGGCUGAUGAGAUGAUUGAAAUGACUGUAUUAAAUGUUCUCACUGAUAUGCUUCUUAAAGGAAAAAUAGAUGCUCCAGUUGAGAUUUUACACCGGCUAGUUUCUACCCUUGAUCGCUGUGCAUCUAGGACAGGAUCUCUACCAAUAGAGAGUCUUGAACUAAUGCCUUCACACUGCAGCAGAUUCUCCUUAAGCUGCUUGCAAAUGAUGUUUUCUUUAUGCAGUUUUUCUUUUGAAGAUGAUUGGCCUUCAGCAAGAUCAACAAUUAGUUCGGUUUCGAUUGAUAUUCUUAUCAGGAGAUGUGAGGUCAUACUGAAGCAGUUUUUAAGUGAUGAAAACGACCUAGGGGAACAUGCAUUGCCAGCAGUUAGAACCAAUGAAACAAUUUGUGUGCUUCAAGAGCUUGCUCGCAUGAUUAUUCAUUCCGAUACAGCUUCAGUUCUGAAUUUACCAGCACUCUUGAAGGGAAUCCAGAAUAAGAGAGCUAGUGCAAGUGCUUCUUAGACUUGUAGCUGAGGAGUUGGGCUUGCAUAAAUCAACUGAUCCAGAUUCAUAAUUACUACAAAUCCUCUUGUAAACUUUUGUCAUCCAUCGCAUGGUUGUUUUGUUCGUAAUUUUUUCUGUAGCUUUUUCUCUUUUCACCAUUCAUUGUAGCAUUAUUUUAAAAACUGAAAGAAAGAGAAAAUAUAACUUUUCUUCCCUUAUUGUAGCAAAUUUUCUCAAUUCAAUGAAGUGAGUUCAACUGA